AUGCGGCACAUUUCGUCUGUCCCCACCUCAGGUGCAGCAAUAGCAGCUGCAACCGUAGUGGUUCCCAAGGCAGCAGUGGGAGACUCCCGGAAGGAGUCCAGGGUCGCGAUCAAGGCGUCAGGUGCAGCAGCGGCAAGUGGAGCAGCAUCCAAUGGCGAGGAGACAGAUUUGUUGCUACCAUCCGCCUCCGAAGUUGCAGAAGCAGCGGCAAGAGCUCCUGCUGCUGUUGCUGCUGGAGUGACACUGCAGCUGACCCAGGAGGAGAAGGAACUCUUUUGUACUCUGAAUAAGUGUGUAGUAGACAAAGAGCUAAAUAUUGAGCUAAGGGCGGCUGGGGGCUGGGUGCGCGACAAGCUUCUAGGGAUUCCUUCUCAGGAUAUCGACAUUGCUAUUGACUCCAUUACAGGAGCUAGAUUCGCCACUCUGCUUAACCGAUGGCUUGUCUCAAAGGGUAAAUCCCCACACGCGGUGGGCAUCAUAUCGAAAAACGCUGCUCAGAGCAAACAUUUGGAGACAGCGACCCUCACGAUGCAUCCGUUCUCUCUGGAUCUGGUCAAUCUCAGAAGCGAAAGUUACUGCAGCAACAGCAGGAUACCCAGCACCACAGCCAUCGGCACUCCUUUACAAGAUGCAGCCAGAAGGGAUUUCUGCUGUAAUGCGCUUUUCUACAACUUGAAAACGGGGUUGGUCGAGGACUGGCUCGGACGUGGCCUCGAUGACAUUAGGCACUGCAUUCUCAGGGCAGCCAGCUCUUCCCCUAACACCACUCUCUUAGAAGAUCCCCUGCGGCUUCUACGGGGGGUGCGCUUUGCGGCUGUUCUUGACUUCCGGCUUGAAAGGACUCUUGCUGCCGCUGGUGCAGACCCUGAUAUUCAUGAGGCCCUUAUGGCCAAAGUGGCCAGGGAGCGAAUCGGCGUCGAAAUCAAGAAGAUUUUCUCCAUCGCACAUAAGAAACGCGAUUCUCAGAAGCAGGCGCUGGUGGCGCAAACAGCAACAGGAGCAGCAGUACCAAACGGGCGGGGACCUGCCGAGCAGCAGCAAUACCAGCUGCUUGAGGGGCCCCUUAAUAAGACCUUAAGGGGAGUACUUCUCAUGCUGCAGCUGCGGGUGUGGGAAGCGAUAACAGGAAACGCAGGGGGCCUCACAGUGUACAAGCAAUCAGAGGAAGACCCCACCUUAGGGACUUCUAGGUCUCGUUUGGGCCCUAAGGCCUAUGCUGAGCAUCUUACGAACACACAGAAACCACAAUCCCUCAUGGAGGAAGCCUCCGCUGGAGUACCGUUGGGGGCUUCCUGCCUGAUUGCACUGAGACACAUCCUUGCUCGGGAGGCCUUGCUGCAGAAGUUGCAGGAGCGGGGAUCCACAACAGCAGCAACGGCAGCAUAUUCAAGCAUGACAAAGCUAUAUCAGGCCUUGCGUAAGGGCAUCCAUUUGGUGGGUGGAGAAGACAAACUGCGUCAUUUGUUGUUUGCAGCCGUGCUGCACCCCCUAAGGGGCCUCUUGGCUGUAUUCCCCACAGGACCCCGUGUUCGACCUGUGGCAGGAGCCCUCGUCUCCAUCUCCUGGAAGCUCCCUAAUGCAGAUGCAACCGCAACAGAAAGCUUGAUAAAUCAUGCGGCACUUCUGCACACUGCAGCACAAAGUGACUUACUCCUGCACAAGCAAGCACUGGGGCAGGAGGAGCAACAGCAGCAGAGGAUACGAUUGGGCACUUUGGUGAGGGAGGUAGGUUCUCAGUGGCGAGAAGCCCUACUUCUUGCAGCUGCUGAGGUCCUGGGGGCAGUUAUCUACAAGGACACUGCAGCGUCAAUUGCUGCAGCAAGAGUCGCCCUAACAGCAUCUCCCCUUCCCACAGCAGUAGCUGACACACCUGGGGAAGGGGCAGGGGAGAGUCAUGUGAAGCACAGGAGGGGAACCGAUACUGGAGAGGAGGUCCAUGAACAAAAGAAAUUGUGCGGACCGAAGGGCGUCUCUGGACAAUUGAAUAAUCUGGAUCAGCUUGCAGAAGCUGCAGGAGCAGUAGCAGGAGAGGAUGAAGUAGCUCCUGAGGUCGAUGUGGGAGAACUUGACAGUUUGCUGCUAUCCAGGGAGGAGGCAGCGAUAGAAGCAAUCAGGCGUAUGGUGCACCUUAAAGACACAAUUGAGGCUCUUGACCUCCAGGAUGCCUGGCGUAUGCCCCCUCUUUGCAAUGGGAAGCAGGUGGCUCGUGCUCUACCUGGGGCGUCUGGACCUAUUCUUGGGGAAGUCAUGGAAAAGCAACGUAUCUGGCAAUUUGCCAAUCCCGGGAAAUCAGCAGAGGAAUGCCUCUCUUAUUUGCAAGAGGUGUUUCCCCACUUGGUUGGUGAGGAGUCCAAGAACAAUCAACGCCCGAACAAAUGA